AUGAAGCAACCACAGGGGAUUGAAGAUCCUCAACAUCCAAAUUUUGUGUGUCGCCUAAAGAAAUUGUUAUAUUGCUUGAAACAAGCCCCGAGGGCAUGGAACUCAAAGUUCACUGGAUACUUACCUUCUCUAGGUUUCAAAUCACAGAAACAAGGAUCCGUUUCUCAUAGUUCUACAUCAGUAAAGUAUCGAGCUCUCGUUAACACUUCUGUUGAUAUUGUCUGGAUAAGACAAGUGCUAGCAGAUCUUCAUGAAUUUCUUCUUGAGCCUCCAAUGAUUCAUUGUGACAACAUGUCUGCCUUAGCCCUUUGUUCUAAUCUAGUCUUUCACUCGCGUAUUAAGCACCACGAUAUUGAUUACCAUUUUGUGAGAGAAAGGGUUCAACGCAAAGAUAUCUUAGUGCAAUGCAUUCAAACAAAUAAGCAAGUUGCAGAUGUAUUUACAAAAGGACUUCGUGCACCUGUGUUCUCACAACACUGUAUCAAUCUCAGACUGGGAAAUCCAAAUUGA